CGGAUCCUGAAUCGACCGUUACCCUCUAACAGGCGACCGUUUUCCCUGCUCUUCUUCUUCCCAAUCCCCGCCGUAUUCCUUGGCGUUAUUCCUCACACGAGCGCUAUCCUUCAACGCCGCCGCACUUAUUUUCUUCCUCACAGGUGCAUUUGUUCUCCUCUUGACGUACUUUUCUCACUCAUUGGGAAUUAACGGACAUCUGAGGAUCGUGUGGAUGCGCGUGUUCAGAGGGACGCGGAGAUGGAAUUGCUGAUAAUAUGUCUUUCUGUUGGGAUAUUGCAGUGCAGUUCGGUGGGAGCGGACUCCAUCAUUCACAUCGGUGCCAUUUUUGAGGAGAAUGCAGCUCGGGAUGAUGAGGUGUUUCAGUUGGCUAUCUCUGACCUCAGCCUCAACGAUGACAUUUUGCAGAGCGAGAAAAUAACCCACUCCAUAAAAUAUAUUGAACCCAACAACCCCUUUCAGGCAGUCCAGGAAGCAUGUGAACUGAUGACACAGGGGAUCCUGGCACUGGUCACGUCUACAGGUUGUGCAUCUGCUAGCGCACUGCAGUCCCUGACAGAUGCCAUGCACAUACCACACUUGUAUGUCCAACGGAAUGCUGAGGGAUCGCCCCGUACCACCUGCCAGCUCAAUCCAAGCCCCGACGGAGAGCGAUACACCCUCGCUGCACGACCACCCGUCCGGCUCAGUGAUGUCAUGUUGACGCUGAUCGGUGAGCUACGCUGGCAGAAAUUCAUCGUCUUCUAUGACAGCGACUAUGAUAUCCGUGGACUGCAGGUAUUUCUGGACCAGACCUCUCGGCAGGGUUUGGAUGUGUCUCUGCAGCGUGUGGACAGAAACAUCAGCGGCGUGUUCUCUAGUCUGUUCACCUCCAUGCGCACAGAGGAGCUCAACCGCUACAGAGACACCCUCAGAAGAGCUAUACUGCUGCUCAGCCCGCGGGGAGCCCAGGUCUUCAUACACCAGGCUGUGGAGACUAACCUGGCAUCCAAAGACAGUCACUGGGUGUUUGUGAAUGAGGAGAUCAGCGACAGUGAGAUUAUGGAGCUGGCUCACAGUUCUCUGGGCAGGAUGACGGUGGUCAGGCAGAUCUUCCCACUGUGGAGAGACAGCAGUGUAAGCUGUAUGAGAAACAACCACCGCAUCUCAUCGCUGCUCUGCGACCCUCAGGAGGGAUACCUGCAGUCGCUGGAGGUGUCCAAUCUCUACCUGUAUGACAGCGUGCUCAUGCUGGCCAACGCCUUCUACAGAAAACUAGAAGAUAGGAAGUGGCACAGCAUGGCCAGUCUCAACUGCAUCAGGAAGUCAACGAAGCCCUGGAAUGGAGGCUGGUCCAUGCUGGAGACCAUCCAAAAGGGCCGUAUAACUGGUCUCACGGGAAUUAUGGACUUUAUGGACAAUGGAUCAAAUUCCCAUGUUCAGUUUGAGAUUUUGGGAACCAGCUUUAGCGAGACAUUCGGAAAAGACAUCAAACGCUUGGCCAUGUGGGAUUCUGUUCAUGGGCUCAAUGGCAGUCUAAAAGAAAGUCGUAUUGAGAAUGGCAUGCAGGGAGUUACUGUCAAAGUAGUCACGUUGUUGGAGGAUCCGUUUGUGAUGGUGGCAGAGAAUAUCCUCGGACAGCCCAAGAGAUAUAAGGGCUUCUCAAUUGAUGUGCUGGACGCCUUGGCCAAGAUCCUCGGAUUCAAGUACGAUAUCUAUCAGGUGGCAGACAGCAAAUAUGGUUCUCAGCUGUCCAAUGGCUCUUGGAAUGGAAUGAUCGGGGAGCUCAUCAACAAGGCAACAGAUCUGGCGGUGUCCGCCAUCACCAUCACACCAGAGCGAGAGAACGUGGUGGACUUCAGCAAGCGCUACAUGGACUACUCUGUGGGGAUCCUAUACCGCAAACCAGAGGAAAAGAUCAACAUCUUCUCACUGUUCGCCCCGUUUGACCUGGCUGUGUGGGCCUGUAUCGCAGCUGCCAUCCCUGUGGUGGGCGUUUUGAUCUUCCUGCUCACACGGAUGCAGAUACUCCGAUCCCAGAAUCCACCAGGAACCCAUCCAGCUUCGUCCAUGUCUAACUCGCUGCACAGUGCCAUAUGGAUUGUCUAUGGGGCCUUUGUGCAACAAGGUGGCGAUUCAGUGGUGGGGUCUGUGGCAUUGAGGAUCGUCAUGGGCAGUUGGUGGUUGUUUACAUUGAUUGUGUGUUCAUCUUACACCGCAAACCUGGCUGCGUUCCUAACCGUGUCCCGCAUGGACAACACUAUAAGAACAUUUCAGGGUCUUGUGAGGCAGAUGGACUAUUCCUACGGCACUGUCAGGGACUCGGCGGUGUACGAUUAUUUCAGAGCCAAGGGCACAAACCCACUGGAGCAGGACAGCACAUAUGCGGAGCUGUGGAGGACCAUCAGCAAAAACAACGGACAGGACUUCUCCGUGUCCAGCCCCUCUGAAGGCAUACGCAAGGCCAAAAAAGGUCCAUAUGCAUUCCUAUGGGAUAUGGCAGUGGUGGAGUACGCAGCGCUGACAGAUGACGACUGUACCAUCACUGUAUCCGGCAACAGUAUGAGCAGCAAAGGCUACGGCAUCGCCAUGCAACACGGGAGUCCGUACAGAGACCUUAUCUCACAAAAGAUUCUGGAGCUGCAAGAGAAAGGAGAUCUGGACGUAUUAAAACAGAAGUGGUGGCCUCGGACGGGUCGCUGUGACCUCGACAGCCACAGCAACGCCCAGCCGGACGGCCGCUCGCUCAAACUUCACAGCUUCGCUGGCGUCUUCUGCAUCCUCGCCGCAGGGCUCCUGCUGGCCUGUCUGGUGGCCGCGCUAGAGAUGUGGUGGAACAGCAACCGCUGCCGGCAAGAGCAGCCGAAAGAGGUUACUAAGGAUUACAGAGUGGCAAGGGUUUCUGGUCCAUUGACAUAUAAUGAUAUUGCUACUGCUUCAUCGGAGGAGAGCAAUGACAUUUGGACAGACAGACAGAGAGACUGGGAUGAAGCAGAAACUAUUGACACAGGACAAGGAGGUGAACCUGGAGCAGGUGCAUCGGCGUAUGAACAGUCUUAUGGACGAGGACAUGGCGCACAAGCAGAUUCCCGCACCAUCUAUCGAGAUCUCUGCCCUGGACAUCGGCAGCAUGCCGCCCAGCCAGCAGCGGGAAGCUGUGCGCGAUUACCCGGGCACGGGCCUGUCUGUGAGCACCUUCCUGUCGGAGCAGGCUCAUGGGGUGGGCCGAACGCUGGCCCCUGGCAGGACCCUGACCCUCCCUCUCAGCAGUUCCACCAUGCCCUCAAUCCAAUGCAAACACAGGGCUCCGAACGGGGGGCUGUUCCGACAGAGCCCCGCCAAGACGCCCAUGCCAAUGUCCUACCAGUCAGUAGCAGGAGGACCCAUCCCCGAAGCUAUUGAGCCGACUCACAGUACAUCCAUCUAAGGCUGGCGUGAUCACGGGACGCCUCGUAUUUGCUUUUCAAAGGAAGACAAGAAGGCGAAGGUGUGGGUGUCGGGGCUCGGGAAACUGAAAAUGUGUAAAAAGAGUUUAAAAAAAGAUAGUACGUGGAGAUUUUUAUUAUGAGGAAAAAAAACGAAAAUGUGAAAAAUCAUUUUUCUUGUACAUAUUUGUAAAUACUGAAAGAGCAAAGUAAGUAAAUUGUAUUUUGAAUAUUCUCAAUUUUUGAAGUUGAGUUACAAAAACAAAUUAAAAACAAAAAAGGACAUAGAAAAAUAAUUCAAAAACGACUGUUUGAAUGGCUUUGUGAAUUUUGUUCUCUAUGGGUAAAGACUCCAAUUCAUUGUGAUUGUUUUCUAAGUGCCGAAAUAAAAGAUGUCUCUCCACAUUUUCUUACUAGAUUAUCAUACACGACCCCAAAAGCAGAGCACUGGUAAUUAUGCACCCCUUUUACACUCAGAAACAUUAAUCAUUCUCCAGUACCUGCAAACAGUGUGGCUAUUUCAAUGCUGAUUCAUUUUCUGUAGUGGUUGACCAGUGUGGGUUUUUCAGUGGCCGAUACUGAUAUCUAGAGAACAGGAUGGCCGAUAUAAAUGCUGAUAUACAUAAUACAAUUUAGCAACAGCAAAUCAGAUGUACACAACAUUUCUAAAGUAAAAUAAAAAAAAAAUAAAUAAAUAAAAAAAAUAAAAAAAAACACUUGUUUUAUAACAUAUAUAGUCAAAUUCGCUCAAACUUAAUUGUAAAAUUGCCAAAUACUUGCUGAUAUAUCGGUCAGUCACUAGUUUUCUGAUUUAAGGUUGUUGAUUAUUGAUGAAGAUUUCUGUGUUUGCAUCAAGUUGUUUAUGGUUCUUUAUUAAACAAGCAAAGGCGAUGUGAAAUUGCAUUAGCUUCGUUGUCACAGACAAAGGAAACCAUCUCAAUCAAAGCAACAGCACAGAAACAACUGUUUGUUUUUUUUGUUUUUUUUUGUGUGUGUCUUUGGAUCAUUAUGGUUAUGUAUCUGGUGACACCAUAUAGUCGUGAGCACAACCCACCAUACAAGCUGUAACUUUAAUUUGUUGCAUAUCAAACAGGCUGAUGAAUCGAUACCGUUUGUGAAAGAGCUGUAAAUGUACAGUUAUUUUUAUUUAUUUUAUUUUAUUAUUAUUUUUGCCUUUUUUUUUUUUGUUUUUUGUUUUACUGUAGUGCACUUCACACUGAAAACAGACAAUAAAAAACUUGUACAUGAAAUGAUUUUCAUAAUAUACAUGUUGUGAUAUCUUUUUUUUCUAAUGAAAACACGUGAUUGGUGUAAAAUAGUAUGUACAAUGUUGGUAUGCCCACCACUGGAUUAAUACCACAUGCAGACAAUCCUAAAUACUCCAAACACACCUAUAGAAAAUGUUUUACUGUCAACUAAGCUUUUUUUAAUUACUUCAUAUUGUUUUUCACAUUUGUAUCAGGAGGUUCGGAUGAAUUCUGAAUCUCAAUUGCAUUGUGAUUUAAACCAGAACGACCUUAUACAUUAACCUGUGCGUAUUACCCUGUUUCUGACAUUCCUCAAAUCACAAAGAAAAGGACAUUUGUCAGCGUGGAGCACAUCAACUAGUUUCCGAGGAGAUUUCACCCUGCAAAUGCUGGUCAGUCACUACUCUACACUAGGUUGUAUCCUGUAUAUUAUGUACAAGUAGUUACUAAUGUGAACCAAAGUGAUAUAUUAUACUGUGUAACACAACCUGUGGCUUUGAGAUGCCGAUAGCAGUGGUAAGGAUGUCCUGCGUCAUUUGUAGGGUUAUGUGUGUUCACUGCCUUAUGCUUGUGCGCCUUUGAGUUCAGAGAAUUACCUCCAAUAUCUCAUGAAAUAUAACGGUAUCAUAGUAUAGUCUGUAACAUGACAUCUAAGGGAGACUCUUAUUUUAUUUAUGAA